AUGCCAUCUUGCUGCACAAAUUGUCGAGCGAAAUAUUCUAUACUUAAUCCCGAGGAAGGCUGUUCAAACUGUGCGCUUUCGUUUUGUCGAAGAUGCUUGCCGCACCGUGCGAUUCUACCACAGUUUGCAGAUAGACCUGUUACAGUAUGCUUCCAAUGCUUCGAGAAAUUGAAUGAAGAGACGCUGAAGAAACAGAGCAAGACUGGUGCUCAGAUUACAAAAAUUGCGAUUGGUGAUGCAUCUCGGCCAAAUUCAUCGGGUGCAGAUAAUGUACGAACAAACAACUGGUGGGGAGACGGUUUACCACCGCCCUCGAUGAGGCAGUCUGUAGGUCAAAAUUCGCCUUCUCAUGUUCUGCACAGAAAUAUUCAAAAUCAUGCUAAGAAGGUGGAGCGUCAAGAAAAAGACGUAAAUGAUUUGGAGGAAAGAUGGAAGAAAUCGCGACAGGAUGAUGAACCUGGUCAACCUCUAACACUUUCUGAGAUUGAAGAACGCUUAGCAAUACUCCGCGGCUGUGAUGUGGAAUUGAUCCGUCGACCACGUUGUAUUUUCGAGUCAACGACAAAUCCUCUUCCCUACUGCGAUUCUCCUCAAGGUCUGAUGAAAAUGGCAAAGGAGCGAGUUGAAAUUGAAGAAAGGCACGACCCUGCCAUUCAGUUAGAACAACGACAUAAGGCGCUGAGAGAAGACAACUUAGAAUGUCCAAGUUCUAAUAAACCCGGGGGCCAAAGUCUAAAUGUUGAAGAUCCAUGUGCUGGCCAAAGCGAUCCUCGGUUAUCAACUGUGUCAUCAGCAACAGCUUUCAGUGAAGCCACCUCCAAAGAUUUGGAUGAUAUCAACAGGCUGCUGGAAGAUGCGCAAAAACAGGUGAACAUUACUCAGGCUGAAGAAAAGGCGUUGCAGCGGGAAAUGAAGGAUGUCGUUGCUGCUACUCGUCAGCAAUCUCUGGACAUAGAAAAAGUGAGCAAAGAAUUGGGAAAUUUCUGGGAUAAACAGUUGGACAAGGUGGACGUAUCCGAUUCGGAUGAUAAUUCAAUUGAUGACGAAACCGUGAAGAAAAUCAUCUUUGAGGCAGAACAGGCAGCUGAAGACAGUGCCGUUGACGGACCUGUACCUUGUUCUGAAAAUAGCUCCUCCACGAUCGUAACGCCUACCUCCGGAAAACAAUCACAAUCCCCUAAAAAAUCGAGCCUAUUUAGUAGAAUAUUCCGGCGGUAA